CGGCUCCGGGUUCCGGCUGCAGCACCUGGGCCGCAGUUGGGGUCCGGCGGGGGCAGCUCUGCUCAACCCCCUCCGCGAUGACCACGGCCGGCGCCCCGGACGCCCUGCCCGCGGGAACAUCAGUGAGCAGCCUCCGUGAGGCCCUGGACCAGUGCAUGACUGCCCUGGACCUCUUCCUCACCAACCAGUUUUCAGAAGCACUCAGCUACCUCAAGCCCAGAACCAAGGACAGCAUGUACCACUCACUGACAUAUGCCACCAUCCUGGAGAUGCAGGCCAUGAUGACCUUUGACCCUCAGGACAUCCUGCUUGCUGGCAACAUGAUGAAGGAGGCACAGUCCUUGUGUCAGAGGCACCGGAAGAAAUCCUCCGUUACAGAUUCCUUCAGCAGCCUGGUGCACCGCACCACCAUGGACCAUUUCACGGAAGAGGAAAUCCACGCUGAAGUCUGCUAUGCAGAAUGCCUGCUGCAGAGAGCUGCUCUGACCUUCCUGCAGGAUGAGAACAUGGUGAGCUUCAUCAAGGGCGGCAUCAAAGUCCGAAACAGCUACCAGACCUAUAAGGAGCUGGACAGCCUGGUCCAGUCCUCGCAGUACUGCAAGGGAGAGAACCACAGGCACUUUGUAGGAGGAGUGAAGCUCGGUGUGGGAGCCUUCAACUUGACACUGUCCAUGCUUCCUACUAGGAUCCUGCGGCUUCUGGAGUUCGUAGGAUUUUCAGGAAAUAAGGACUACGGACUGCUGCAGCUGGAGGAGGGUGCGUCGGAACACAGCUUCCGCGCAGUGCUCUGCGUCAUGCUGCUCCUCUGCUACCACACCUUCCUCACCUUUGUGCUCGGUACAGGAAAUGUCAACAUUGAGGAGGCAGAGAAGCUCUUGAAGCCUUACCUGAAGCGCUAUCCUAAGGGCGCCAUCUUCUUGUUCUUCGCAGGGCGGAUUGAAGCCAUUAAAGGCAACAUUGAUGCAGCUAUCCGGCGGUUUGAGGAGUGCUGUGAGGCCCAGCAACACUGGAAACAAUUCCACCACAUGUGCUACUGGGAGCUGAUGUGGUGCUUCACCUACAAGGGUCAGUGGAAGAUGGCCUACUUCUAUGCCGACCUGCUCAGCAAGGAGAACUCCUGGUCCAAGGCCACCUACAUCUACAUGAAGGCCGCCUACCUCAGCAUGUUUGGGGAGGAGGACUACAAGCCAUUUGGGGAUGAUGAAGUGGAGCUGUUUAGAGCUGUGCCAGGCCUGAAGCUCAAGAUUGCUGGAAAGUCCCUACCCACAGAGAAGUUUGCUAUCCGGAAGGCCCGACGCUACCUCUCUCCCAACCCUGUCUCAUUGCCAAUCCCAGCUCUGGAAAUGAUGUAUGUCUGGAAUGGCUAUGCUGUCCUUGGGAAACAGCGAGAACUCACGGAGGGAAUACUCGAGGUUCUUACCCAGGCUGAGGAGACACUGCGGAAGGGCCCAGAGCACGAGUACUCAGUGGAUGACGAAUGCCUGGUGAGACUGCUGAAAGGCCUGUGUCUGAAAUACUUGGACCGUAUCCAGGAGGCCGAGGAAAAUUUCAGGAGCAUACCUGCCAAUGAAAAGAAGAUUAAAUAUGACCAUUACCUGAUCCCAAAUGCCCUGCUGGAGCUGGCCCUGUUGUUUAUGGAACAAAGCAGAAAUGAAGAGGCCGUCAAACUCUUGGAAACUGCCAAGCAAAACUACAAAAACUACUCCAUGGAGUCAAGGACCCAUUUUCGAAUCCAGGCAGCCAUGCUCCAAGCCAAGUCUUCCCUAGAAACUGGCAGCAGAGCCAUGAUCUCAGCAGUGUCCUUGUAGCUUUGACAGCACUCCUGGGCUCAACGACAAAGACAGCUGGACAGAGCUCCUAGAAGCAUUUCAAAGACCCUCUCCCUGCCCUGCUUUACCUGCAGGCCCACCGGUGCUCCACUGGGCUGGCACUACGUGGGUAUCCAUGCAGAAGCAAAGCUGGCAUUUUCCCCAGUGUGCCAAGGGCCUUUGCCUAGGGCAGAGCAGGUGGAGCUCUCUGCCUACCCUCUCACACAUACGGGUACUUGUUAUUUUUCACUGUGAUGUUUAAGAGAAUGUGUGAACAGUUUACAUUUCCUUAAAAAUACAUCGAUGGGAUCUAGUUGGCUAAAACAAAC